AUGGAAGAUCAAAAUCAUCACAGUUCCAAAUGUGUAACAAAAGUGAGAGAAUUUCCCGAAGUUGAAUUGAAUCAUAAUUCUAGGUCUGUGAUUAAUGAAGAACCACCACAUGGUCGUAGACGAGUAAAACCAUCAGCAGAAAUUGAAAGGAUUAGAAGAGAAAAAGAAGCAAAUAAAAUCAAAGAAUAUAAUGAAUUAGUAAAGAAAUGCUUUGAUAAGAGAGAUAAAUUAGAAUAUGAUCAAGAUGCAAUAAAUAUAACAACUAUGAUCUUAUCACAAAAUCCAGAUUUUUAUAGCAUUUGGAAUUUUAGAAGAAAAAUAUUGUUAAAAGGAGUAUUUGUUAGCUGUACAAAUGAAGAAAUACAAAAACAUUUAGAAUCAGAGUUAGGAUUCUUACAAGAAAUCUUUCAAUUAAAUCCAAAAUCUUACUGGAUAUUUAAUCAUCGUAGAUGGUGUCUUGAAACAAUGUCAAAUCCUAAUUGGGAGAGAGAGUUGAAAAUUGUUGUUCAUGGAUGGGAUUAUAGAAGAUACGUCACAUCAAAAUUAUCAUCUACAGUUGAUGAUUCCAAGUCAAUCAUCGAAUCAGAAUUUGAUUUUACCACAGUGAAAAUAAAUCAAAAUUUUUCCAAUUACUCAGCAUGGCAUCAGAGAAGCAAGCUUUUACCACUUUUGAUUGAAGAAAGGAAUUACAAUUCAGAAGAAAUCAAAACAUUUAUUGAUAAAGAAUUUGAUCUGGUCAAGUCAGCAUUUUAUACAGAUCCAGAUGACCAAAGUGCUUGGUUAUAUUAUUGGUGGUUGGUUGGCGGAGGUUAG